CACCUGGGAGGGGCUGGUGGAGGGGACAGACAGGAAGAUGAGGCUCUCCCAAGGACUGGUCCACCUGCUAAGAGGUCCAAAACUCACAAGAUCUUCAGAGACCUUGCCCCCAAAUCCAGACACGCACAGACACGCGGCCAUGGCGGGGUCCACGCGGGCAGCCGGAGCCCCCAGUGCCCCACCUGCCCCUUCCUGCCCGAGCUGUGGCACCACCCCACCCAUUUCCACCACCUCCCGCCCGGCCACCCCCACCCGCCGCCGGGGCCGGGCCCGAGGAGAGGUGACCGCUGGAAACUCACCGCGAGCACGGCCAACCCGCUCUCCAGCUCACAGGUCCCCCGGAUCAAGACCGUGCUGAUCCACAGCCCCCGGGAGGGCACCGUGCCCCGCCGCAGCCGGCGCUGCUGCCCGUUCAGGGUGCGGUUUGCAGACGAGACCCUGCGGGACUCGGAGCGCAGAUACUGGGAGCGCAGCUGUGCCGUCCACAGGAAUGUCUUCGAGGAAGAGCCCACCACACUUCCAGAAGGUUCUGUGCCCGAGCGGGUGUUGAGGAACGUGGGGAAGUGGCUGGAGAGUCUGCCCAAGGCGGUGUACCCCAGACUCAAAGAGGCCAUGAGCAGCAGCUCGUACUGGGAGCGCACUGGCGUACCCCCCCAGGAGCCGCAGCGCCCCUUCUCCAGUGCCUCCAAUGCCUCCCUGCGCACCCGCCUGCCCUUCAUCGCCAGAGCCAGCACCCCAAAACCAAGGGGAGACUACAAAGCCUUCCUGGACGCCUAUGGCACCCUGGAUCACGGAAGCCCAUUGCCCUGCUCCUGUAGCCACAAGCGGGAGCCCUUCCUGCCCAGCCUGGUGCUUCAGUCCGUCCUGAAGCGCAGCCGCCCGUAG